AUGACCGUUUGGCCAGCCAUGGGUGAUGCACCAGAAAUGACAACGUACGAGGCCGAUCGAGGCGCGGUGCCCGAGCCCGUGGUGGUACACGUCAAAUCAACAGCAACAGACAUGUUUGGCGAGGAGUCAUUGUGCUUCGUCGCCUGUAACCAAAACCCCUCCAGCGUGGCAGAUUCGAAGUGUUUCGGAAAGGCAUGCACAGUUAUAGCUCGUUUUGUCUUACUACGACACAUCGACGGCGAAGAGGUUGUCUGCUCUUUCCAAGUUCUGUGGCCUAAGCGCUUGCAAGUCUUCUGGAACGUAUUUCCCGAAUCAUGCGCUUUGCAUAGGACCGAAAUUGAGCAUCAAUUUGCCUCGUCUGUCAGGGCUGAAUGUGCCGUUGCGGUGACGUUCCAGGAAUGGGGAAUAACAAUGGUCUCGAAAGACUAUGCGAAGGCCCUCGACCUGCCCGGCCUAUUCAACUUUGCUGAAUGCAGCACAAACAACGACGACCAGGGAAGGGAAUCAAUCCACGAAGGACGUUCGUGGAUUGACGACUAG